GGUAGCUGCGACACUUCUGGCGCAGUCCUUCCUAUCGCGUUGGCUUCAACUCUGUUGCAUGAAAAAGUGUGCGUCAGAUUGAUUGAGGCCAGCGUCAAACGUACUGUUUAAGUCAAUUAUCUGGCUUAUUUCUAGCGCAUGGCAUCACGGUUUGGUGAAGACCUGCAGACUUUUAGACCGUUCAGCUCAGAGGCCAAUUCUGAAGCUGCUUUUUCAUCUUCCGUAAAGUGGUGCUCUCUGCUGCUGUUGUUGUUGUUGUUAUCAUCGUCUCGAAGUCAAAACCAAGGGCAAGAUGGCAGAUGUACCGCCAACGCGUAUGAACCAGCAGAUCUUCAAGGGCAAGAAGAAGGCUGCAGAAGGUGGACACAAAUUGCUCAAGAAAAAGGCAGAUGCGUUGAAGGUCAAAUUUCGGGACUAUGCCAAGGCGAUUGCCGAAACCAAGUCCUCCAUGACAGGAGACUCAUCCAAUGCAUUCUUCUCUAUGACGCAAGCUGAAUAUGCGGCUGGAAACUUCAAACAGAAGGUGGCCGAAGGAUCCAUGACAGCCAGAGUCAGAGUUGGAGCUGGCGUGGACAAUGUGGCUGGUGUCAAACUCCCUGUCUUUACCAAGUAUGAUACUGGCGCUGCAGCCGACAAUCAGAGUCUUGGGCUUGUUGGAGGAGGAAAGAAGAUCCAAAAUGUCCGUGAAAAGUUCACCGAUCUUUUGGAAAUGCUUAUCAAGUUGGCAUCUCUUCAAACAAGUUUUCAGACACUUGACGAAGCGUUGAAGGUGACAAACCGUCGUGUCAACGCCUUGGAGAAUGUGACUAUUCCCAAGAUCGAAGGAAUCCUGGGCUACAUUGCUCGUGAACUUGACGAACUCGAGCGUGAAGAUUUCACACGCCUCAAGCUCGUGCAAGGCAAGAAGGAAAUCGAAAUCAAGCGAGAAGCAGCACAAAAGGCAAAGGAAGCAGCCAAGAUCAUGGUCUCUGGACAAGCCAGGCCCAAGUCUAACGAUGCAGAUAUUACUGCCGCAUUUGAUGCGAACGACGACGAAGAUGUUGUCUUUUAAGGGUUAGCACCUGCUUGGCAGUGCCUCAAGCACUGGUAUCUAAGCACACCCUAUAGCGCGCAGCUUUCGGCAGAACAAUGGCAAGAGGUCUCUUAGCUAGAGAUCAAAUGAGGGUGCUUUGAAUGUAGACAUCGUCUCUUUGUGUCAUCAGACCAGUGAAAUUGCAGUCUCACUUCUCAGCUCUAGCCAUUUAUCAUUAUUGUAAAGAUACCGCCGAAGGAAACUUAUCUAUCUAGUUGUGCUAUUUGACUCUGGUAAAUUUCAGUCACUAUGCUAUGGGGGC